AUGCAAAUGAUGAGGAAGCUUGAACCGACUGGAAUUGCUGCUGCUGAAAUAGAUGGAAUGACAAUUCAUUCAUUUUUGGGUGAACAACGCAAUUCAGGAAAGCCACGAACCAUUAAACUGGAUGACUCAAAACUUGAGAAAAAAUGGAGAUCAGUCGAACAUGUUUUAAUUGAUGAGACGAGCAUGUUUGGUUUAACUCUACUGGCAAAACUCAACCGAAUUAUUUCAACUGCAAAACAUGUCGAUCCUCAAGUUCCAUUCGGUGGUGUAAACAUUAUCUUCUUUGGUGAUUACUUACAAUAUCGACCUGUAUAA